AAAAGUUAGUUUGCAUGUAGCAGUGGCCGGUGCCGAUGCUAGUUGGACGGGGUGCUAGUGUGGGUCUGCUGUCUGUUUCGCCUUUCACCGAUCAGCGAUCAGCGAUCAGUGUUGUUUUGCCAGUGGCCGCCGCGAGUUGUUGUAGCGUCUGUGAACCGGUGUCCACACUCUACUCUUCGGCUUCUUCGACUGACCAGCCAGCUGCUCCCGCGACCGACGUUGCGCCAACGACAAGCAGAGCAGGCAAAAAUGAAGUUGAAACAUCCGUUUAUGGCCAAGAAGGUUGAUAUACCUAAAAAUCACAGCGAUGAUGUGGAUAACAUACGAAGUUGGUUGGCGCACCAGCCACACUUACCAAAAUUAACAGAUGAACACAUAAUGAUGUUCCUACAUAGCUGCUACUACAGCGGGGAACGCACCAAGACAACAAUCGACAACUACUACACGGUGCGAGCUCAAUGCUCCGAUCUGUUCACAGGCUGGACAUGGGAUGUCCUCAAGUCCUCCUUCGACAUGUAUACAAUGACAGAGCUGCCUCGCUUGACGCCAGAGGGCUACCGCGUGCUACUGUAUCGCAUGCGCGACACAGACCCGUCCAAGCUGGUGUUCAACGACGCACUCAAGACGUUCUUCGCGUUCAACGACGUCUGCAUCUCCGAGGAUGGCCUCCUGCCUGGAUAUGUGGUCGUCUUCGACAUGAAGGGCCUCUGUCUCGGCCACCUCGCACGCGUAUCCACCUGCAUGAGCGCCGUGCGCAAGUUCAUGAUCUACAUUCAGGAUUGCCACCCAGUAAGACUGAAGGGAGUGCACGUCAUCAACACUUUCUCACUGAUCGACAAGAUUCUGUGUCUGGUCAAGCCACUCAUGCAAUCAGAUCUAAUCCAACUUCUGCAUCUACAUCCAGAUGUGAACACCUUGAACGAAUUCGUGCCACUCGACAUUAUGCCCCUGGACUACGGUGGCACCACCAAGCACACCGACCAACUGCAUAAGGACACAACCGAACUGAUCGAAGGCAAGUAUCUGAAAUGGCUUGAACAGUCAGAGGCAUACACCGCUGAUCUGAAGAAGAGGAUUGGCAAACCAAGAAAUCAACUGAUCGGAUUGGAACUGGAAGGUUCAUUCAAAAGCUUAUCGUUCGAUUGAAGAAUAAAUAAUAAUGUCUACACUCCAAGUGGAAAAGAGUUGAAUAAUUGAUUGAUUCCAGGGAGGAUCAAUUAUAAUUUGAGUGGAAGAAAGUGAUGGUGAAGGAUGGAAACGUGCAGAGAUGAGCUAGCAUUAGGUGACAGUGUAAGGGAUAGGCUAAUUGAUCAUAGAAAACUUAUGUGCAAUGGACUCAUUAUUGUUGAAUAAGUGUUGAGUUGAUAGCUUCCAAAGAUCUAGUUCAACAUCGACUAGUAUUUUUAGUAUUAUAAUAACGAAGUAGGCUAUUAUAGUAGUUAUUGGAUAAUGUAUUUUGUUGAGGUUCACACUACCACCAGCACUACGCUGCUAUCAACGGAAUAACAAAUACUAGUUUCGUUUGAAGUAUUCGAAUAACAAUUAAUGCAAUUCCAGAGGACAUAUAGGCCUACUUUUUAUCUUGAGUAAUGAACAUUCACGAAAUAGUUAGACAAGUAUAAUGAUAAUUUUUAUUCCUAGAUAAGUUACCGUUGGUCUCCAACUAAAAUAGUAUAGCAUAUUUUUCACAAAACCUAUUUUAAACAUGAUUAUCACAUUCAUCUGAAAGGAAUGAUUCAAAUGCACAUAAAUCAUCAACAUAAUCUAGAAAAGUAAGCGUGUAAUUUGCAGGUGUGAAUAUUCGUGAGUAAUAUUACAAGUUUUAGUUCAUAUUUUAUACAAAUGAGUAUUGAAGGUACUGUUAAAUUUUUCAAAACAAUUAUUUAUAGAUGAGAACAAUCAAUAUGUGUAUGCAUUGUGAAAACUAAUAAAGUAUUCAAUGAUUAUUCUGUAAUAUUUGGUUAUUAUAAUAAUUCUACUAAACUUACCAAUUUUUAUAAAUUGAAAUAAAUAAUUCUAUUCUUGAUAAA